AUGUUUCGGACAAUUUCUGGCUUUAGGAACCUAAGCUCAUCAUCUCCAGAUAAGUCAGUUUUCCAUCAACGAAAUCCAAUAAGAUGCUGUCCAAGUUCCGGCAUAAGCAUUUUUGCAUCUCUGACUGGUUCGCUUUACCAAUACAUGACAAGAGGAACAGAAGCUGAAAAUACCGCUAGAGCAGAAUCAGGCACGUUAUCGGCGCCUCAAGGAUGCUCGAGCGGAACUCGGAUGCUCCAAGAGUGCAGAGAAAAGGAGACGGAAGAAUACUCUUCUAGCUUUGUGGAGGAGAAAGAUGACAUCUCACAAGCUGAUUCAUUCAGUAAUGAAGAUCAGUCGAGGGAUUUGGAAAUGGAUAGUCCACGUAGCUUCUCUUCUGGUAGUGCACGAACCAAUAGAACAAAGAGAAGGCGAGAGAGAAAGCGAAUGAGAAAGGGGAAGAGAAAGGGUAAAAGGGAGACUACCCUGGUUCUAUGGCAAAAACCCUGUGAUAGGUUUGUCAAAUUGAAUACCGAUGGCUAUUUAAAGCAGUUGGAGAUUCCUAGUGGUGAUUCUGCUGGAGAGGGAAUCCUGAGAGAUCAUGAAGGGAAUGUGCUAUUUGCAUUUCAUGAAUACUAUGGCACUUCUUGUUGUUCUGCAUAA